AGAGGCGAAAGAAACAAUACGAUUUGUUCAGAAUAAUAUUUCUCGAAAUUCACAGUUUCGUUAACAAGGGAAGAUAGAGAGGAACUAAAAAAUGGCUGCGAAAGAAGGAAGUAGGAUAUUUGUUGGUGGUUUAUCUCCGGAGGUGACAGAGAGGGACCUUGAGCGAGCUUUUAGCCGCUUCGGAGACAUUCUCGAUUGUCAGAUCAUGAUGGAAAGAGAUACGGGUCGUUCACGUGGAAUUAGGAGAAAACGUUACAUGGAUGAUCGAUAUGAUGGUGCUCCACGCUUUGGUGCUAGAGACAGGUUUGACAGCAGAGAAGCCUACAUCCCCCGUGAUCGAUAUGCCAGUGACAGGUAUGCAGCGCCGGUUGAUCGGUUUGCAGGCGGUGAAAGAUACAGCCGUGGAUCAGACCGUUAUCCUCCAGCAAGUUAUGACAAAGCCCGGUCAUUUGAGAGAGACGUAGUCCCAAGUGCAGGCAGUGACAGGUAUGGUGGUGGUAGAGCUGGUGGGCCUAUACGUGGAGGAGACGAAGGAAGAGGGUUUAGAAGUAGAGCCGGUGGUCCUUAUGAGAGGCCGAGCCGAAGCAGUGGUGGUGGUGGUGGUGGUUAUCCGUCGUCCUCUACUUUUGACCGUUACUAAGGCAUGAUUUGAGGGUUAUAUACACUCGCUCUUGUGUGUGUAUGUGGCAAUGAAUAUCUCUGUAAGCGUUAUUUAGGUGUAAAAGACUUAUUUUACUAUUAGUUUGGAUAACUGUUUAGCUCUGUAUCUUGAUAUGUAUUUCUUUUUUUUGGUUUGUUUUGCUACAUGAGAGCUUCGAGUUUUACGUUGAGUUAAACCUUGCACACGUAAUUGGCCUUUUUAGUUAUUGAUUGUCGAAGUA